AUGCUGCUGAGAGACUUCAUUCUUCACUUCCUCCUCAUAGUUGUAGAAGUGGCUUCCUCUGGAAGAGUGUGUAGUUAUCAGGAGGUCUUAGACUACCUGAACCUGAGCAGAGGCAAUGAUCUGUUUUCCUUGACCCGACCUGUGAAAGAUUUCAGAAAAGCCACAAAGGUGCAUCUGGAAGUAUUGCUGUACGCUAUUCUGGAUGUGAGAGAGAUUGACCAGACAUUUGUACCAUAUGUUUGGAUAAUUAUGCACUGGCAGAAUGACUUCAUUUCCUGGGAUUCCAGUCAAUUCUGUAACAUCACAAAGGUUACUAUUCCCACAGAUAUUCUGUGGAAGCCAGAUCUCACCAUUGAAGAAAUGACAGAAAGGGAUAAAGCCCCUCCAAGUCCUUACCUCACCAUCAACAGCAGUGGUACAGUCUUGGUCCAGAAUGAUCAGGUGCUGGUCAGCACAUGCAUGAUGCAGGUUUACAAAUUCCCAUUUGAUGUUCAGAGCUGCACUCUCUCCAUUAAGUCAGUUGUUCACUCCGUUGAGGAAAUUAACCUGUUGCAUUCCUUGAACUCCUCAGUGACUACUAAUUGGUCACGUGAGUUGAUGAGCACGCAGUAUGAGUGGCUGUUUGUUAACAUGACAGUUACCACCAAAACGGUUAAACCAUUUGGAUCCCAGCAAGACACCAUUAUUUACACUAUCUAUAUGAAAAGGAGAUCUAUACUCUACAUCGUCAACUUCCUGCUGCCUGUCCUCUUCUUCUUGUGCCUGGAUUUGUCCUCCUUCCUGAUCUCAGAUAGAGGUGGUGAGAAGAUCAGCUUCAAGGUCACGGUGCUGCUGGCUGUCACCGUGAUGCAGCUCAUUCUUAAUGACAUUCUGCCGUCAUCGUCAGACAAGAUCCCACUGAUUGUGGUCUACUGCAUUGGGAUUUUUACGCUGAUGUUCCUCAGCCUCCUGGAGACAAUUUUGAUGAUGUAUCUGAUGGACAUCGAGUCUGAAUCCCAGGAAAAUGAGAUGAACAAGCGACACAGUUUGGAAGACGGUUGUGGAGACAGUCAAGAUAGAGACGCCAACUACCAAAGCUGUGAGAAAGGUAGGAGUAGCAGCUUGUGGGCUCUGGGCUUUUAACUAGCUCUAAAACACAAAUUUAACACUAAUAACAUUUUUAGUUGAACAACUAAAAAUUCUAUUUAAAAACGUAUAAAAAUAUGCUUUUGUCUGAUAUUUUCUGCACAUAUUCAGUACAAUCUGGAUCCAAUUCAUUUCGAUCUGAAAACUGCAGAAUUUGGUCAAGACGUAAAAGAGAACUUCAAGUUUCAGGAUUGUACACUUAUUAAAAACUUGUAAUACAACUAAUGAUAUGUUUCUAUAUUUAAUGCUGAUAGAAAAGCACUUACAACACAAAUAAAGGAGUAAACUACCAGUCUGUAGGAGGAAGAAAGUCCUUAUUAUUGUUUUCCUUCCAAAUAUUCUAAAAUCAGCAGAAUGUGCUUCAUCUGUUUCCUCUAGAAGAGAAGAACUGGCCUGGGUGUUCAUGUAUCUGUGGUGUGUCUGCAAACAAGAUGCCAACUGACCUGGGGCAGGUUGGUAUUAGACCCCCACUGGAAAGACUGCUUGAGUUUUGACUUCAGGUUCAACUCACGCUCAGAUCAUGCUUCAGUUUUGUAUUUCUCAUAGUUUAUUGUGUCAGAAAACUAAAAAGCUCAUAAAGUGGCCUGCUGUCUAAUUAUAAUUUUUUUUUAGAAUCUCAGUUUUUAACCAGGUCUUCAUCUUUCCAGGGCUGCGGCAGCCGACUGACGGAGCAGCUGCAGGAGUUUGAAAACUUCUCAGAUGGACUGAAGGAGAUAACAAGGAUGCUGUCUCUGCUUGUGAACAACGCCAAGGAAGAAAGGAAGCCUGGCUUUUGGACCAGAAAGAUUAAAAUCAUCAACCGAGCUUACUUUAUACUCUAUGUAACAGCUUCCAGCUUGUUCUUGGGCCUCAUGUUUUCCAUCUGGACUGCUGAUGAAUAAGGUUUCUGUUUCAGGCUCAGAUACAUUUAGUUUUCGUUUAUGCUAAUUGAAAAGUAAACUCGUUUUGAUAUAGUUAUUUAAAUGCCCAGUAGGUAUCAGUCGUCUUCUGCUGUUAAAGCAACCGGGUUUCUUUAACACUUCAGCAGCAUUAUGGGCUGAAUGAGGCCGUGAUUUACGAUUAUCUGAGAAAACCGAAUUUGGGUUUUUUACUGAAAGUAAGCCAACGUCAACAAAAUGAACAGGAAGAAACAUGCAAUGUGUACAUACAUAAAUGUAUCUUGUGUGUUAUGAUUAUACGAGUUUCACUUUUUAAGCUUAAUUAAACGCACUGAUAAAUCAAUAUUGAAAUGCAGCUGUAUUUUAAGAAAUAACCUUAAAAUAUGCAAACAUGAUAUACAUGCACAAACAAAAAGAACUUAAAUCUGAUUGAAAUAGAUAUCCAGCAUCUUUUUAUUUAAGUAAAAUCAAUAUCAAAAGAACUUUCAUGUUUUUGUUUCAGGAAGAAGCUAAUUAAAUUGUCUUCAACAGCUAAUUGAAGGCAAUUUAGCUGUCUUCAUCAUAAAUUAAAUAACCAAAUGUGGAAAUAUAUAUCAUGAGAAGCUCAUAUGUGUAAAGUAAAUUUAAAUUAUAAUUUCAUUACAAUCUUCAGAGCAAUAUUACAACAUCAACACUCAAAGCUAACAACCUUUUAAAAAUAUGUUGGAAUAAAAUCCCUUAAAUUCUUCCUUUUUUUUGUAUAAACAGUUAAUGUGGCUGAUUUAACACAAAGUGAUGAAGACCGAAUAAAACCCACCUACUCCGAUAUUUACAAAGUGCAUCCAACACCACAAA